UUUCCGAUCUUUCGAAUACAUUUCUAACUUAACUGUUACAUCAAGAGAAAUGCCCUCCAACGUUGAAAUCAAAGCAAAAGUAAAAGAUUUUGAAACCUUCAAAAGAAAAGCAAAGGAAAUCAGUGAUUCAGAAGGAGAGAUUAUCGAGCAGAAAGACGUAUUUUUCAAUGUACCACAAGGAAGGCUCAAGUUACGAUUCCUUCAGAAUCAGCCAUCUCAACUCAUCUUUUAUCAAAGAGAUGACAGAUCUGGCCCAAAGGUGUCAGAAUUUUAUACUGCAACAACUGAUAAACCUGAUGAAUUAACUGAUGUUCUGUCCCGUGCAGUUGGAGAGAAAGGUGUGGUUAAGAAAAAGCGUCUCUUAUAUCUUGUGGGACAGACAAGAGUACACUGUGACGAAGUUGAAGGAUUGGGUUGUUUUAUGGAACUGGAGGUCGUGAUGAAGGAAAACCAAAGUGCAAUGGAAGGAGAACAAAUUGCAAGGGACUUAAUGUCAAAGCUAGGAGUUGAAGAAGCUGAUCUCAUCAAAGAGGCUUAUAUAGAUUUGCUUUCUACAAAAACUGCAUAAAACAAAGGGUGUGGUACAUGGAAGAACAAAAUGUAACCUAUAUAUCCAUGGACUAUCAUCCCAUCCACAAGAACAUGGUUAAAGUAUGUUCUUUCAUAGAAUCCCUUGAUAGCAAUUAACUUAGGUCUAAGAAGUUUAUUAAAGUUAACAAUGCAUCCUC